GGGAGUCUGCCGGCUGUAGUUUAAGCGCGCAGGGGAGGAGAGCGGGUUCCGGGAGGUCUUUCGGGACGGCGCGAGGGAGCUGCAGGUGGGACCGUUACCCGCCCAGCACCUGAGAGCGAGCGGGGCGGCCGGAAAGGAAGCGUGCCUGCGCACCAUGAUCCCCUUGGAGAAGCCGGGCAGCCGCGGCUCCCCCUCGGCAGCCGCCUCAGGGGCGGGCCGGAGUCUGGGCGCGCCGCGCCGGCCGCCGCCCCCACCCCAGGCCCGCGGGCUGCUGACGGAGAUCCGCACCGCCGUGCGCACCGAGCCCUUCCAGGACGGCUACAGCCUCAGCCCGGGCCGAGAGCUGGGCAGGGGGAAAUUUGCAGUGGUGAGGAAAUGUAUAAAGAAAGAUUCUGGAAAAGAAUUUGCAGCAAAGUUCAUGAGAAAAAGAAGAAAAGGCCAAGAUUGUCGAAUGGAAAUAAUUCAUGAGAUUGCUGUUCUUGAACUAGCACAGGAUAAUCCUUGGGUCAUUAAUUUACAUGAAGUCUAUGAAACUCCAUCAGAAAUGAUUUUAGUUCUGGAAUAUGCUGCUGGGGGUGAAAUCUUUGACCAGUGUGUUGCAGACAGAGAAGACGCCUUUAAAGAAAAAGAUGUUCAAAGACUCAUGAGGCAGAUAUUAGAAGGUGUUCGCUUUUUACAUGCUCAUAAUGUAGUACAUCUUGAUCUGAAGCCUCAGAAUAUUCUGCUGACAAGUGAAUCUCCACUGGGUGACAUUAAGAUAGUUGAUUUUGGUCUCUCAAGAAUAAUGAAGAACAGUGAAGAGCUCCGAGAAAUUAUGGGUACUCCUGAAUAUGUGGCUCCUGAAAUUCUUAGUUAUGAUCCUAUCAGCAUGGCAACAGAUAUGUGGAGCAUUGGAGUGUUAACAUAUGUCAUGCUUACGGGAGUAUCGCCUUUCUUAGGUGAUGAUAAACAAGAAACGUUCCUAAACAUCUCUCAGAUGAACUUAAGCUAUUCUGAGGAAGAAUUUGAUGUUGUGUCUGAGUCUGCUAUUAACUUCAUUAAGACGCUUUUAGUUAAGAAACCUGAUGUGAAAUGUGUAUCUUUUUAUAGACAUCGAGCCACAGCUGAAGAAUGUCUAAAACAUCCGUGGUUGACAGAGAGCAGUAUUCAGGAUCCUUCUUUCAAGGUGAAAGGGACAUUAGAAGAAGCAAAUGCACUCCAAGAAGGUGAUUCUGUGCCUGAAAUUAAUUCAGAUACUCAGAAACCAGAAACCGAGGAAUCAGUUGUAACAGAGGAGUUAAUUGUAUUUACUUCAUAUACUUUAGGACAAUGCAGACAGUCUGAAAAAGAGAAAAUGGAGCAAAAGGCCAUUUCCAAACGAUUUAAAUUUGAGGAACCUUUGCUACAAGAAAUUCCAGGAGAAUUUAUCUACUGAGCAAUACUUACCUUUAGAACUUUAAGAUUUCUACAUUGAAAACAUUAAUAUUAUUUAUGGACUUCUGGCCAAAUGGUACAUGUACUGAAAGUGGACAAACCAGGUAUCACUGAUAGAAAAAAAACUAAAAUUACUGUGUCAAACUUGUGGAUUUAGAUAUGUCAAGACAGAUUUAUAAAGUUGCCAACCAGGAGUUUUAACGGGUAAAGUUAUCUGUGUCAAUGUUAUUUUUAAGAAGGGAGAUGUUUGAACCUUUUAUUUCUAAAUCCUAUUUCUCCAGAAUGAAAAUUUGUUAUGCAAAGAUAAUCUGUAUUUACUUUCUUUAAAAAUCCAAGUAAAAGUGCCAAAUUAACAUCUUUGUAAAUCUAUUUGCAUUAUUCUUGUGUAUCUAUAUAUGCAUAUAUGUAUUGAUAUCUUUACUAAAAUUGAUACUUUUUCACUUUGGAUUUUUUUGGAGGAGUAAGAUUUUAAUUAGGUAUCUUUCAAAUUUUGAGACCUAGAAUAACAUCCAUGAUAGUUUAAUAAUGUCCUAUUUUUAUAUUUUAUUACUGCUUUGUAUCGACUUGAUUUGGCUUCUUUUUUCUUUGUUUUUGCCUAAUGCUUAUAACCUAUCAGUGAAAAACCCUUGCUCAUUUUUUUUUCUCUUCAACGUCACUAAUAAGAGUGGUGUUGAUUUUUCACCUCCCAUUAUUCUGGUUUUAAGGUCAAGGUAGGUUAAGUAAUCCUGUAAUAUUAAACCAGCGUUGGCUUCUCGGCUGUUUCCCUCCUCACACCUUACAUAUUUACCCCUUUCAUAAGGCUGUCCCCUGCCACCACCUCACAUGCUUAUCACCUAAUUUUGGUCACUUGCAAGUGUCAGUGUGAUCUGACAUGAUCAACAUGAUGGUUGCUUUGGUCAAUGCAAA